AAACACAAAUAAAGUUGUUUUGUUUGACAACCACUCGAUUGGACACAUUUGAGACCAUAUCUGGUGACCAGCGCUGAGACACGUGAAGACAUCGGAAGACAUGGCACUCAACGCCCGGAAGAACGCGGAGUUGAGUUCAUACAGAGACCAACAGUUCAAAGGUUCGCGCGAAGAACAGGAGGACCUGUUGUCGGAGUCGACGACACUAUAUGUGGGAAACCUAUCGUUUUAUACGCGCGAAGAGCAGAUCUACGAGUUGUUU